UGAGUUAGCACUAUUUAUUAAAUGUUUAUGUACUUGUGUGUUCACUUUCUGUCUCCUCUGAAUCAGGUGAAGCUCUUCACUCUCAACAUGCAAAAUCAAACAAUGCGUUAAAGCUCAGAGUGGCCGUGCUGGUUGUCUGUGUUCUCCUGGUAUCGGCUCUCGUGGUAACUUAUCUCUUGUUGGAGCUUUUGAAAACCAGGGACAUGCUCAGAAACCUUGAGAUGAAGCGGGAAACUGUAAAAGCUGAUGUCACAGAGAGACCUCCUGAAAUCAAACCAUGUAGUACAGUGCAGCCCACAUGCCCGGAGCCUGAAGUAAAAAUUAUAACACAACCGUGCAGCCCAAUACAAACUACAAGCCCACAACUUCCUGAAAUAAACACGAUAAAACAAUCACACAGCGCGAUACCGACUACAACCCCACAACUUCCUGAUAUAACUAUGAAUGAUUCAUGUUAUAAAUGUGAAGAGGGCUGGGAGCAACAUGGAGGAAAGUGCUAUUAUUUCUCCACCAGGUCAUCCUCCUGGGAUGUGAGCAGAACUGAAUGUAUCACUAAAGGAGGAGACCUGGUUAAGAUAGACAGCAGUGAGGAGCAGAUAUUAUUGCAGAAAAAAAAUGGAAAAUUCUGGAUCGGACUGACAGACUCAGCAGUAGAGGGCAGAUGGCUGUGGGUGGACGGGUCACCACUGAAUGAAAGGUUGACAUUUUGGUUCCUUACUGAGCCAAAUAAUAUGCCCGUGCAAGAUCCUGAUGGAGAGGACUGUGCGAUGAUGGGGCACAAUGGGAUAAUGUUUUGGUUUGAUUAUUCCUGCAAAUUAACUCUUAGAAGUAUUUGUGAGAAAGCAGCUGUGGCUGUUUGUGUCUAAAAUUCAGUUCAGCAU